CAUGGGCAGCGGCGGCCCCGGCCCGCACGGACGGCACCGGCAGAUGCACUGAUGUCUGCCCCUUGCAAAGACCUGACCUACCCGAGGUUGGCAGAUGCGCAGGUGUUAGUGUGAAUCCCCAGAAAAAGAAUGAGUGAGAGAGACAUACAAAGCCUGAGCAAAUGGGUUUUCGUGCUCGCUCUCUGCCUUACCACUCUGUGGGGAAGACUGACGCUGGCCUCCACCCAUCACAGAAGCCAUUCAGCGCACGUAGAGCCCGGCACGUGCGAAGUCAUUGCAGCUCACAGGUGCUGCAAUAAGAACAAGAUCGAGGAGCGCUCCCAGACAGUGAAAUGCUCCUGCUUCCCGGGGCAGGUGGCAGGGACGACACGGGCGGCUCCCUCCUGCGUGGACGCCUCCAUCGUGCUGCAGAAGUGGUGGUGCCAGAUGGAGCCGUGCCUCGACGGGGAGGAGUGCAAGGUGCUGCCCGACCUCUCGGGCUGGAGCUGCAGUAGCGGCAACAAAGUGAAGACGACCAAGGUCACACGAUAGCCUCCGUGCGACUUGGCGGCGGCUGACCAGCCUCGGCGUGGGUCCCCGGUGCUCUGCAGAGCCGUGAGCAGCAGGAGGUGGCCUGGCUGGGCAGUGCCUGCGGAGGCGGGAUGCUCCAGGGCUGCCGUCCUGCGUCUGCUGGCAGGACUGUGCCAGGUACCGGAUCAGAGCAUCCGCUGAGCCCCAGCUUCCCCGGAGGCUGCAAGUAUGGGACCCCAGCGCAGCUGCAAGACUCUUGCCACUCCAACGUCCCCUCCUGCCCUGUGGACACACUCACCGACCAAGAAAUGGGCUCGUUUUCCUAUCCUCUUAAAUAAAAUACUCCAAUCAUGUAAGAGCUGUUGACAAUACAGAGACAGACAGACAGCGGUCCCCCAAAAUGGGCUUUAUUCUGAAAUAGCUGAAAUCAUUGCUGUGAGUUGCCUUUCCCCAUCUCCCAAGAAGUUGAAUCCGGGUUGCCGUCAGGAAUUGGGAAGUUAAUGGUUGUGUGAAACCCUCCCCCGUUUGGCUCACAACUCCUGGCCCGGUGGGUUCCCAGGAGCAGGCGCUGAGCUCCAGCCCGAUCUUGUGUCACCCGGGGGUCGGGGGGCUGCUCCGACCACCAGAGCGUUGUGCUUUCCCUGCCCCGUAACCUGGCUGCUGUGACUACGUGUGGCGGAUGCAUCAGCGUGGCCAGGAUGUCUGACAUCCCGUCAGCCCCUGGAGAUGGUGAAAUGUCUCCAUGGAGCAUGCUGCUGGUUUCUGCUUCCUCGGUAAUUGCAUUAAUCAGGCUGUGAGUUUAAUAUCUGUUCUCUACCGUGCAAGUCCCAGGCACCAAGUUACUGCUUGUGUUUGCAAUCGAAUUUCAGAAUAACACGCGGGGGGAAGCCCUCUUCUGUCUGCGGGUCUGGUGUGCCUGACACCGUGCAGAUGCCCAGCCAGAGACCCAGACCGAGCCAGGCUUCAUUGCAUUAAUUCAAAAUAAAGAAAAAUGUACCGUCUCCUGGUCCUGAGCUCGUGACCUUCUCCAGGAUGCAUUGUUUCCCCUGGCGUGGCAGCUUGAGCGGGAGAGGACGGGAGCCCUGUGGUCCCGCUGUCGGCAGGACUGGGGACACCGGGGCUGCUGCACUGGUGGGGCUGGUGGCACACGGCCUGAGCGAGAGCAUCGCUGUGGGGGAACGUGGCCAAUGCCUCCCCGGGCACCCCAGCCCCGCUCUGUGGCCCGCGCAGGGAAACGUGCCGCCUCAGGAGGGGCCGGGGGCUGGAGCCGGCGUGGGGGCUGGCAGCACGGCGCGCUGCCCGGGGACACUGGUGUGCGUGCAGCCGCCUGCCUCUGUGCUCCGGCUGCCACCCGUGGGACUCGUUAUUUAGACGUUUUUGUAACGGGGUAUGUAAUACGUGCUCCAGAUGUGAUGUAAAUACCAGACUGUGAAAUAAUAAAUUCAUUUUAAU